CUCUCCGGUUGUUGCAGUGGAAGAGUAAGCGGAAGCGUACUAAAUCCUAGUUGUAAUGUUAGGUAUGCUGUUUACCCGUUCUAUAAUCUGACUGCAGUUGCAACUCCGGCGCCACCACCACCAGUGGUUACUUCUUCUGGUUCAGUGAUCAUUCCCAAAGGAAAAUGUCAAAAAUCAUGGCUGAUAAUUGUUGCCAUUGUUGUCUCAGUUAGUGUCACUAUUUUGUUUUUCAUUGUGGGGUAAUGUUUGCUAAGAAGGAGGAGGAAGAAGAACAACCCAGUGCAAGAAGCUAAUGUUGGGAUUGAUAUAACCACUAUAAAGUCACUGCAGUAUGAUCUCAACUCAAUUGAAGCGGCAACAAACAAGUUUGCAGACGGUAAUAAACUAGGCGAAGGUGGAUUUGGUGUGGUAUACAAGGGUAGUUUUCUGAAUGGAAAAGAAAUAGCUGUGAAGAGGCUAUCAAAACGCUCUGGACAAGGUGCAAAGAAUUCAAGAAUGAAGUUGUAGCACUAGCCGAGCUUCAGCACCGGAAUCUAGUGAAGCUGUUAGGAUUUUGCACAGAAUGAGACGAGAGGAUACUUAUCUACGAAUUUGUUCCCAACAAAAGUCUUGACUUCUUCCUCUUUGGGCUGGCCUUUCUUCACAUUUAUCUGGAUUGAACUGUUCUUUACUUAGUUAUGAUAUGAGUAUUAUUCAUAGCUAUUUAGCAUUACUGCUUUUGUUCAGUUCUUUCACAACAUGUCAACCCAAUUGCUAAUUGCUGUAAGGUAAUAUAUUCAGAUCCUGAGAGAAGUGGAGAACUGGAUUGGCCAAGACGCCACAAGAUAAUUAAGGGGAUUGCUCGAGACCUUCUAUAUCUUCAUACUGAUUCAAGGGUCAAGAUCAUACACUGUGAUUUGAAAGCUAGUAAUAUUUUGCUGGAUGAGGAUAUGGUCCUGAAAAUUUCAGAUUUUGGCAUAGCAAAAAUUAUUGAAGAAAAUCAAACACAAGAACCUACGAGGAGAAUUGUUGGCACGUAUGGUUACAUAUCUCCAGAGUUAGCAAUGCAUGGAAAGUUCUCUGAGAAAUCAGAUGUGUUUAGCUUUGGUGUAUUGAUGCUAGAAAUUGUAUGCGGUAAAAUGAACACAGGCUUCUAUAACUCUAAUCAUUCUGAAAACCUUUUAACCCAGGCAUGGAAACAUUGGAAAGGUGGGACGGUAUUGGAAUUAAUGGAUCCAACUUUAAGAGAAUCUAAUGUGAGUAACGAAGUUACCAGGUGUAUUCAGAUUGGGUUGCUUUGUGUUCAAGAAAACCCAACUGCAAGACCAACCAUGACAAGAGUAGUUUCCAUGCUUAGCAGUUCAUCUGUUACUCUUCCUGCACUUCAAAAGAAUGCAUUCUUCUUUGGCAGUAUCACAGGACUAAGUAGUGGUAGUGUGGAGCUGGAGCGGGAUAGGAAUACGGACAAAUCAACCUCUUGCUCGGUGAAUGAUGCAUCCAUUACUAGAGUAUACCCUUGUUAGUAUUGGGGCAGCGGUGUCAAAGCUGCAAUAUUUUGGCAGCAACUGCAAUGCAAAAUGAGAUGCAAAUGACGGCUGCACUUAUGAGAGCAAGGGACAGCCAAAUGACAGCAGAAGAAGGAUAGAACUAAUGGCAGCGACAUUGUUGCAUAUGGGCUGCCAUACAUAGUUGCAAUUGUGUUAGAUUUAGUCAAUGUUUCAGGUAGCGAAAAGCAUAAUGUUAAGUAGAAAAUAUUGUUUUUGUAUUUUAUGGUCUCUGUUUAUGGCAGCGGAUGAAUGAAAUAUUGGAGCUUCAUCUCAUUCAAAGAGUGAACUCCAGGUGUUUCUCCUCCUCUACUGUUAUCUCUCCCCCUUAAAAAAUCCAUAAUAGGUAG